GCAGUUUGAGGCGGUGAGAGGCAGAGAGACACAGUGUGAGGCGGUGAGAGGCACAGAGACACAGUGUGAGGCGGUGAGAGGCACAGAGACACAGUGUGAGGCGGUGAGGGGCACAGAGACACAGUGUGAGGCGAGGAGAGGCAUAGAGAGACACAGUGUGAGGCGAUGAGGGGCAGAGAGAGCGCAGCCUGAGGCGACGAGAGGCACAGAGACACAGUGUGAGGCGGUGAGAGGCACAGAGACACAGUGUGAGGCGGUGAGAGGCAGAGAGAGACAGUGUGAGGGGCACAGAGACAUAUUGUGAGGCAGCGAGAGGCAGAAAGGGACACGACGUGAGGCGACGAGAGGAAGAGAGACAGUACUAGUGUGAGGGGGCGAGAAGCAUAGAGAGACACGGCGUUGGGUGACGGGAGAAAGAUCCUGUUUAGGGUCUAGUUUGCGGCCAGUCGAGGCAGGGUGAAGCCGUACAUGCCAGUAGCGUGGCGAGAGUCCGAGAGAGAGAGAGGGGGAGGAACAGCGUGAGGCAGAGAGAGAGAGAGAGGGAGGAACAGUAUGCAUCAGGGAAAUCAUGUACAGGAUACUUGGGACACUUGCAGUCGUGCUUAGUCUGGAACUACUUGGCUUCUCCGUUGGGCAGGAAUUGCAGGAAUGGCCAGGGGAACUUUUCCGGCCACAGGACCAGUGCAACCGGGGAUGUACAUGCGCAGAUCUCAAGGGAGUGCGAGGAAUUACAGGCGCCAAGGGUGAGCCUGGAGAGAAUGGGAUGCGUGGCUACCCCGGGGUGGAAGGUCCGGGGGGUCUGAAAGGCCAGAAGGGGGAGCGGGGAUUCCUGGGCACUGAAGGGGAGAAGGGGGACAUGGUACGUAGCGGACGCCUCAUCUCACAUCGAGGCAUCCAUCUCCAACACAUCGACUGUGCACAACCCCGGUUAACUUAG